AUGUAUAUUUACCCUCAUCAAAUAAAGUUUAUUAUUAUUAUUAUUAUUAUUAUUAUUAUUAUUUCUGCAGCCCUUAGUAACGUCCUACUUCCCCACAAUAAAUUUGGAUUAAAUAUCAUUCUACCUUCAACCAAAUUCCUUCAAUGCCAAACUGUUUCUCGGAAAGCCCUAAAGUCGUCGCCAAAUGAAGCAAUCAAUAACCUUUGGAAGGAUACUAGCAAUCACAAAAAUGUACAAUAUGACAAAUACAAAAACACCAAGGACGUAUUAAACACCAUCAGGAAACAACAUGAAGACAAGCUUCAACACCACCUCAUUUCACAAGGCUCAUUUUUCUCCAAUAUCAUUAAACAUUCUACACUCUCAUUCAACUCUAUAUGGUCCUCCGUUCAGAGCAAACUUCCGAAGAAUAUAUUUAACUUCACUAUCCGGUAUAUAAAUAACACUCUUCCGACUCGCAAAAACCUUCUGAAAUGGGGAAUAUCACCAACAUCCGAAUGUUCGUUUUGUUUGAAUCCAGAAUCACUUCUUCACGUCGUCGCUGGAUGCAAGACCUACCUAAAUGAAGGACGUUUCAUGUGGCGUCAUGAUUCGGUGCUUAACUUCAUAGCAUCCAUACUUAAAUCUGUGAACCAUUGUAACCUUUAUGCUGACCUUCCUGGCUAUAUCAGUCCAUCUGUUAUCACCGGAGAUGAAUUGCGCCCUGAUCUUUUGAUAACACUUGAAAACAAAUGUAUUUAUAUACUUGAACUUACCGUCGGAUUUGAAUCUAAUCUCACUAAUGCAACUCGAAAAAGACAAAAAUAUCAAGAUCUAAUUAACGAACAGCUCAAAAAUUAUGAAAAAGUGAAAUUUGUAAAUUUAUCGAUUAGCUCAUUAGGAGUUUUCAGCCACCCGUCGCUAGAUUUCACCGAAAUGCUGAAGGAUCUAAAGUUUGAUGAACAAUGUAGAAAGUACUAUGUUCGGAAAAUUAUUACCUCCGCCAGGAGGUUAUGUAAUCAUCUGGGUUUGUAUGUGUGUGUGUGUGUGUGUGUAUGUGUGUGUGUAUGUGUGUGUGUGUGUAUGUGUGUGUGUUUGUCUGUGAGCACGAUAACUCAAGAAAUACCAAACAUAUCCGUACGAAAUUUUUUUAAUGCAUUUCCCAUCGGCUAAGGAAGAACUGAUUAAAAUUUGGUUGAAUUUGGUUAAAAAUUGAACGAGAAAUGAACAAAAUUUUGUCUUGCUUUUCCCGGUCAAUUAACAAAAUAUAUUACUGAAUGCGUAAUUAGGACGUGUAUAAUUUAUGCACUCAGUGCUAAGACAGUAAUGAGAUGAUAAACCUCAUUAAGCUUCGGCCUCAUUAUCUAUUGUCUUAGUUGCAUUUCACGCGACCGAAAUUCAAUGUCUAAAACAAGGCUUACGGAGUUACGCAUUAUUACGUUCAGCAAAGUGCCAGUCCAUUCAAAUUCUAACAACAUUAGAUUACUUCAAUACAGGGUGUAUAAAAAGAACGCAACCUCGAAAUUUCCCAAGAAAUCGACAUUGUUUUAAAGACAAAAGAUUUUAGCUGCCUGGAAUUUAAAAUAGCACAACUGUGAAAAUUACUGCACGCGCGAGUGCACUUAAUAAGUUUUUAUUUUACAAGUACUGUACAGUACAACAACAGUAAUAUGUUCUAUUAGCAAUUCGAUUUCAAUUCGCGGGGGCCUGAAAUCUUUUAUGCUUAAGAAUUAUAAAGUGGAUUUCUUAGGAAAUUCCAAGGUUGCGUUUCACUUCCGAGUAACGGGCGGAGGUAUGCAGUCUCUGAGUGCCCUCUAGUUAAUAUAUGUAUCAGGUCCUCGUAUUAUAUAUUCUGUAAGCGUAACAAAGAAUGGGAUAACCCACAACUAAUGUCAUACUAAUAUUGUUAUUAUGUAGAGUGUUAAUUCAAGUAGACACUGGUAAACUACCUGUAAAGAGAGGUUUAUCAUUGUAGUGUGUAUAUAUAUUAUUGAAAGUAAUAAAGUUUCCAUUAUUAUUAUUAUUAUUAUUAUUAUUAUUAUUAUUAUUAUUAUUAUUAUUAUUAUUAUUAUUAUUAUUAAUCUGCUAGUUAACGCCAAUCGUAAGCGUCAAAAGUACCGUGAUCUAAUCAAUGAGCAGGAAGCAGAUUAUGAUAAAGUCAAGUUCGUCAAUUUAUCCUUGAGUACCCUCGGAGUUUUUGGCCGAUCUUCUGAAAAUUUCGAUGGCAUGCGAAGUAGCCUUAAAUGUGAUGCCAAGUAUAGUAAAUACAUAAAAAAGCAAAUCGUGAACAUAUGCAUACGAACAUCAUAUUAUGUAUUUUGUAAACGAAACAAGGUGUGGGAUAACCCAAAAUUAAUGUUAAUAUAAUCCUUCUUAAUUAAAAUAAUUAUUGUACAAUAAAUAUAUAGUAUCAAUUCAAGUAGACAUUGAUAAACUACCUGUAAAGCGAGGUUUAUCAUUGUAGUUGUAUAUAUCUUAACAAUCAAUAAAUAAAGUUUCCAUUAUUAUAAUUAUAAUCUGCGAAAUUGUUUAUUACGAUAGCCUAGGAGCCUAGGAAUGCUAUCAUGCACUUAAUGCAAUGAUUUGUGCACAUGAUUAAAAUUUCCUUAUCUUAUGAGCAUUUCUUUAAUUUAAUUUAAGUAUCCGAGGCAAAAAGGUUAAUGGACAUCGUUCUCGAUUUGUACAAACCAAAUACUGUAAUAGCCGUAAGUGACAGUUGUAUUAUAUUGAUUUUGUGUGCAAAUAUUAAAUAAUUUUGGAUGAGACUGUAAGGUACAACCUCAUUUUGACCAUUCUGUCGUUCAGAAUUAUAGGAGUGGUAUAUAUUUAAAAAAAUAGAAGCUGAUAAUAGUUAGCCCAUAUACUGUUUUUUUGGUAUUUUUCUACAACAAAAUACAAACAUCAGUAAUCUUUUUAGAAAAACAUGGACUUGAUUUUUGCACUUAUGGUGGAUUCAAGCAUGUUUCAAGGUAUAUUACUUAAUAUUUGCAGUGGUGUAAUGACUAGUGAAGUUAGUAAGGGUUAGUUUAGUUUUCUAGUUCAUUAUAUAUAGAAUUAAUAGAAAACAAGUGAAGGAAAAUUAAAUUAUUUUAUCCAUAUAGAUUUUUUGAUACCAGCUUGCCACCUCCUGUGUAGUUUUUCUUUGUUUGUCCUGAAAAACAAGACGCUAUCAUUGAAGUACUGUGAUCGUUGCUUGAGUUUAAAACCUGAGUUUAUUAGUGGACUUUUUAUGAAAGGUAUAAAUUUAAAGUAACUUUAUAUACAGGGUGUCCCAAAAAACCCGAAAACUAUUGAAAUCACUUAUUGUUAAAUUUGAAUGCCCUACCAAACAGCUGGACGUAAUGAUGCGUAAAAUAUUGACAAGUGCAUGUAUUAGAAUUUAGUUAGGAAUAUCUCCUGGUAAAGUGCGCGAUUUUCUGCUCCUGGGAAUUAAAAACAGCUUCUUAAACAGUUUCUUUAUGCAUAACAUUUACUUAUGUCAAUCAUUUAUGCACUCGUGGGCCAACAGAGCGCUAAUUAGGCAUUCAAAUUCUAACAAUUAAAUUGUUAUUGGUGAUUUCAAUAGUUUUCGUUUUUUUUGGGACACCCUGUAUACUGGAUAGUAUAUAUACACGUCAGUUCUAAACUGUUUUUCCCAAAGAGGUUGUGUAAGUGUCAUCCUUAGUUGGUUAAGUUUUACUACAGGAGGAAACGGUAAUAAUCGUAGAAAACCUGUGGCGUUUUGGUAUUAAAUUUGUAUCAGUCAGAGGGAACUGUAAUUUAAUGGUAAUUAAAAACUGCAUGCUUGCGUGAUUUGUAUUGAUAAGUCAACAUUUUAACUAUAAUUCUGUAGGGUUAUUGUUAUAUGAAAAUGGGAAACACGAAGAUGCCAUCCAAUGUUUCCAGCAAAUUGUGGUAUUAUCGAACGACAUGCACGGGUACAAGUCAACAGCAUUAAACCUUUUGGGGUGUAUCUGUGCAAAACUGGUAAGGGAAAUUCGCACUUCCCCAGUCUACAAAAUAUUUUUGGUUACGAAUACAUUAUGUUUUGCAGGGUAAACCUCAUACGGCUUUAUUGAAGUUCAGAGAAUCAUUUGCCUGUCAUUCUGGCCGCCUUGAAGCUCUCUACAACGUUGCUGUAGUUUAUCACGACAUUGGAGAGUUAGACUUGGAAAUUUCUUUGUGGAAAUAUAUCUUAAAGGUUAGCUGAAACAGGGGAGGGCGCGGGAGAGCUUUUAAGUAAUAUUUGAAAUCCGACCAUGAGGACUGGACUAUGUUUCAAGUUCGCGCAAUUCGAUCAAGUCUGAGGCGAAGCCGAGGACUGGAUCAAAAUGCGAGCACUUGAAAUCUAGUCUUGUCCGAAUUGGAGGAUUUGAAAUGAUAUCUCUUACGAAUGAAUCACUAAAAAAAAUCACUACUUAAAAAAUCACUACUUAAAGUGAGGUGAAUUAAUUUUGAUCCAGUCCAAAGACUGAAUUAAUUUUGUCCAGUCCAAAGACUGAAUUAAUUUUAAUCCAGUCCAAAGACUGAAUUAAUUUUGAUCCAGUCCAAAGACUGAAUUAAUUUUGAUCCAGUCCAAAGACUGAAUUAAUUUUAAUCCAGUCCAAAGACUGAAUUAAUUUUGAUCCAGUCCUGCAUGGGACUGGAUCAAUAUACUUGACCAGUAUUUAUCCCGACUGCCAACCAAUAUGGUGGAAUGAAUUAUUAUAAUCAGUUUGAGACAGGCCUAUAGUAUUAUUUUUCUUAUUUGCGUUGCUGCAUUACUACUAUUUGGUUGCUGCAUUACUGCUAUUUGGUUGCUGCAUUACUACUAUUUGGUUGCUGCAUUACUGCUAUUUGGUUGCUGCAUUACUACUAUUUGGUUGCUGCAUUACUACUAUUUGGUUGCUGCAUUACUACUAUUUGGUUGCUGCAUUACUACUAUUUGGUUGCUGCAUUAUUACUAUGCGUUCACGCAUGACGUGUUAUAUGAAUGCAUGUUCUGUAUAUAUUUAUCCUCAUGCAAACAUUCACGACACAUCCACUCCUUCACAUCCAGAAGAAAACCACACUAAAAUUGAGGCAAAAAUUGCAAGUGUAAACCGACUUACCGACCAUAUAUAAAACGGCUCUAUUUGACUUCCAGAACCAUUUAAUUGAUCAGUGGCAGUGUUUCGUUCGAUCAUGUAGAUCAUUUUAACAUAUUUUAAAAAAUGCCUCGCUGAACCAACAUUUAGCCAAGGGUUUGAAACAAUGCAAAAGUUUGAGUUCUAAAACGGUGGAUCAACGUGGUGAUCAAGAAAGUGAUAACUUGCCUGACAUACUCUAUCAACUCGGUCAUGCAGUUCCUGGUCGAAUAGUAAUACGAUCGUACUUGUUAGGAAUAGAAAAUAAUUUUUGAAUAUUAUGCGGGAUUAUUUUAAUAGUGGGAGUCUUACUUCCUGUUUUCAAGCUAUACAAUUGAAGAAAAGCAAGAAUACUUAAUUAACGUCUAAACACAGACAUUGGUCUGCGUAAAAUAUAACAAAGCGACGGCAUUUAUAUUUAAAGAUCACGUCUAUAUACAUUAGAGGUGUGCAUCGGAUCGGAUUGGACGUUUAUAAUCCGACAAUUGCGUUUAUAAUCCGACGAUUAAUGUUUAAAAUCCGAUCCGAAAUUGUCUAAUCCGAAUCCGAUCCGAGUUUUGAUAAAGAAUUCCAAUCCGAUCUGAUCCGAAGAAUUCUUUAAUAAAAUAAAAUACUUUAGCCUUGUCAGGCCUCGUGUAUAAAUCGUGUUAUUCUUUCAAAAAUAUCUUUAUAUUUUUAUCAAUUUAUCUUGAAUUGGCUGUCUUGUUUUCUCGCCAUUCUACUUACGAUAUUAUUCCGAAGUUAUUUAUCAACAUGGAAUCUUAUCUUCAUCAUGGUAAGUAGUCAAAUACCACAUAUUAUAUAUUUAAAUACCAAAUUUGUGCAAAUAUAUGUCCCACAUAUUUUAUAAUACAUGAGUUCGCCAGUUCGGCAAAUAUUUACUAUACUAUCUAUAGUUAAUAUUGCCAUAUCUUCGGCGUAGAGUUUACAUGGAAUGCACUCUGGAAUUUUUUAUUAAUAUAUUACACUGUAUAAAAUAUUGGAUAUUUUCGAGGACAUUUUCAGCCAUUUGUCAACAUAGUUCACAAAAAGAUUUAUACAGUAUUAAAAACAAUCCUUCUGUGACUUCUGUAAUAUUUUAAACAGUGAAAACAUAGCAGGCAAUAUUGCCAAUUAACAAUAUCAAAGGAACCUGUUAGACAGUUCUCAGGAGAUACUGAAUUAAAUCCUGGUCCUGUAUUUCUGUAUAUUGACUCCGUAACUCUGUUCAAAAGAACAGUCCAACUAUAAAGCUGUCAUCAAAUGUAGUGUUAGAGCAAAGGUUGAACAUGUUAUCAGUUAAAAUACUUACACAUUUUAUUUGGUUUUACACAUUAUAGUUAAUUAAACAAAAUUUUUACAAACACUUUCAAAUAAAAGAAUCUUCACCCUCCCGAGCCUCAUUACAUUGUCAUUUUGCUUCUAACAUAAAUAUUUUUCUUUAGAGAUUAAUACAAGAAUGAAGAAUAAAUGUACUGGAUAUUGGCUUGAUAAUUUUGUCAGAACAACCAACUUGCAAGACAAUCUUACCUAAAUUCAUUAGUAUGGAAAAUAACUUAACAGCUACAAUGAAUAAUCAUAUAUUAUAUGGUGGAUUUGAUCAAUGGCACACAAUGUACAAAACUAAACUUGUGAUACCUUCUACUCAAACCGAUAAUCUCCCACAACACAAUUGUUUUUGUGUGAAUGUGCUGUACGUGUUAAACCAACAGUGUGGUAUAUCAUUAACUGUGCACAGAACUGGAAUUUAAUUACAUACUUCACUCAUGACCUUCAAAACAUUAUCAAUUAUUCUGUGGUCUUCGACAUGUUCACCAAAUAUUUUGUGUAUGUUACUCAACAAUUAACAUUGGAAAGUGUAAACAACAAGUGACAUAACUUUUGCUUCAUAUGAUUAUAAUAAAGUUUUGAAAAUUUGAUGAGUAUGGAUUGAAUUGACAGGUGACAGUUUAUUAAAUAGCCGGCUGUAUAGACACUUUGAAUAUUGUUUGCAUGAAAUUUUUAUUUCCUGACUGCAUAAUUAUCUGUUACAAUCAUAAUCACAUUAUAAAGUUAGUUAAAUUUUCUCGGUGCGGGGGUGGGUAGCACUUCCCCUGCCGCCCUUCCCGCUGUGUACAGCCCUGUUUUAAAUCUUAUCUGCUAUUAUAAUAAGUGAUGAAAUAUUUCAAUUGUCCCAUGUCAUCUUCAUUAUUCAGUUUCUUUCAAGAAAAUACAAAAUGUGAAUCAAGUUUUUUCGCAGAUACAUGUACGCGUCGCGUACCUAUUUUUUAUGAUCUCACAAACGUGCCUUCUCCCAGUCCUCGGAAUUAGAUUUACUAACGGAGGGUCAUAUUACAAAACACAUCAUGUAGUUUCAACUUUCAAUAGCCUUUGAGUUUGGCUCAUGAAAUCCUUCGCAAAUUGAAGUGAUAUGAUACCUGACCAGAUCCAAUAUAACUGGCUGUUUGUGAAUCAAAAUUCUCAAGCAAAAUAAAGAGUAAUAUUUCAUUUAUUCUUUGUAAAAUGCAUUUUUAUUCAAUGAAUUACAAUAUGCUAUAAAUAUCACUUGUAUACUAACGAUAUUCAUCGCAAAUCUUUCAUGCAAUGCAAAUCAUCCAAAUGAUAUUGUUUUAACACUCCAAUGGCAAUGCUCUAUUCUGGCCCUUUUUAUAAUGUGCAAUGCAUUUAUAAAUUAUAAAUACAGCAGGAAAGCUAUAAGGCCCGAAAGCGCAUUAUUUCAACUUCGCAUUUAUCAUACAAGAUACAUUGCAAUAUGUUAAUUUCUGUUUCAUAAUUUUGGAUAUUUUCAUACAUUACAGCCGUGCACACUUUCCCUUUGGCUUUACCACCCAAAUUACGACCAUGAUCUUUGUGAAGCACGUAGCAGAGAAGUCCCAACUCAGUGCCUUCUCGUUGUUGAACAGAACAACAUUAUAAAAGCUGCUCGCUUGAUAUCUUAGCUGCCCAACAAUAAUCCUCAUUCAGAGACAAUUCAAGUUUAUUAAACGCCGUUAAAUCGUCUCGUAAAAUCGGCCGCGUACAUAUCAAUAAAUAUCAAAUAAUAUCCACAUCGAAAAAUAAUUCUCCCAACUAUGAAAAACCUUCAUAUACGGGAAUACGAAAGACUGCUUUGCAUGAAUUUCGCAAUUUUCAAGGACUGAUAUCCCCAGCCACUGACAAAAACUCCCUUAAAGUGCAAAUCAGUCGGACCACCCCAUAAAAACUCCCCUUAAGUUGCAAAUCAGUCCGACCACCCCACAGAUCAGUCGAGAUAAGUCCAAAUAACCUCUCGACCAAUCAAAUGAGCAUAACGACCACCCGAUUCUGCGAGAUUCUUGCGUUUUACCGUUGAUCUAGAUAAAGCAUAUAUUUAUUCAAAACUGAACUCGUAAAGACGUAUACUGGACUAUGAUAUGAAUUUCAUAUUAUAUUCGGAAAUUAAUUAUUCAAAUUUCGAAAUAAUAAAUUAAUUAUUUCUUUGCAAAAAAUACGUCAGUCACGCGACUGAUUGGACUUACCCUAGAUCCGCCCCUGUGAUGACUAAAUAUUUCAUGCAAGUGGGAUCUCGGCAUCCCGGCGGGCCAAUAAAUACCAAAUAGAUCAGUAUAUAGUAUAAACAUUAAAAGAAGACUUCACUUCAGCAUCGAAGUCGUACAUAUAGACGGCCGGAAGAAAAACCUUGAGCAAAACCUGUUUUUUUAAAGAAACGAAAUCGGUGCAUUAUAGACAAAGGCAGGGGUGGAAAACAUUUUUUUCUUUCUGGGAAAAUGGGGCGAAGGCUAAAAAUUUUCUGUAAAAUUUGUAAUGUUACAAUUACAAAAAUAACAAAACAAAUGCAUAAUUAUUGUAUUAUUUGUACUUUAGUAAUAAUGGGUUUUAGGCUGGUUUUCGUACUCUUGUUCAUCACAAUAGUUGUCUGUUAUAUACCACAGUUAUGAUUUAUGACCAACUAGUAAGGAUCUCGAUUUUUUCUGUGUUGGUGUUAUGUACUAAGGUGAAUAUGAUGUUUGUGAUGUUACUCUUGAGUGUAUAUUCCCCCCUGGCAAACUUGAAAAAUAUGCCUGGCCACGAUGGGAAUCGAACCUACGACAUUUGGAUUACUAGCCCAAUGUUCUGCCAACUGAGCUACGCGAUCAGUAUGUGAUAUUUCGGAACUGAGUUUAGUUCCUUCGACAUCAAUGUAAUCUACCAUAGUGAGUUUAGUUCCUUCGACAUCAAUGUAAUCUAAUCCACCGUGGCCAGGCAUAUUUUUCAAGCUUGCCCGUUCUGGAUACACACUCAGAGUAACAUCACAAACAUCAUAUUAAGGAUCUAACGCUUAACCUAUCAUCUUAUUUGUUCCAGCACUUUUAUUUGUUUACUAUUUAAUUUGCAUUCUAUUGGAGACUUUGCAGAGCAUAUAUUUACCAUUUUACCAGUCAUUGUGAUGGCAGGGGUGGGUAAAAGAAUUAAUUUCUGUCAAAUAUUUAAAAGCUGCUGAUGUUAGCAUGUACAGUGUAAAUUUGAGUAAACAGAGUAAGUUGAGUAAACAGAGUUAUCUCAAAAUGUUGAAGUAUUUUCUGGAAAAUUUUCUGCAAAACUCUCAACUCAAAAAAAUUUCUGGGAGCUAGGUUCCCAAGUUCCGAUACUUUUUCCACCUCUGGACAAAGGGAACCCGAAAAUUCUUUAUAUGUUGUUUAGAUUUGAUGAAAAGUAAUGAUAAAACUGGCAAUCCAAAUCUACAGUAGAAAGAUGGCAAACUUACGUGCAAACACUCGACCAAAACGUCUUGGACUAUUUUUAGCGAGGUUCCGGGUGGGUUGCGGGAUGUUCCGGAUGGGUUCCUGGUGUUACAGGUUUUACAAACACCCAGUGGCUAAGAUUUCCCUUAAAAAAAGGUUGAUAUGCUAAAUAGUUUGUUUUGGAGGGAGCACGGCAGAAAUCCUUUUGUCUUCCUUGAUAUUUUGCUUUGUUUUCCCUUUACAUCCUUUAAUAUGGAUAUUACAGUACGCGUCAUCUUUUGAAAUGAAUUUGAUGCAGAUUUCACUAAAAUAAGGUCGUAGCCAAAGAUGUUUAACACUUAUUAAAAACUAUUCGUAUCAG